GUCAAGUAUCACUGAACAUCUCGUGUGAGUUUCAGGUCAUACAUGUAUGACCAAAGUCAAAUUAAAUGUCAUUAAAGGUCUUUGAACUUUGGCAAUUUUAGAGGUUAUUAUUAGAUUGCUUUCAUAAUUUUCCAAUUUUAUAGAUAUUGUAUAAUAUGUGGAUAUAGGGGUAAUCAAGAAUCACUGACAAGUUUUAGGUCACAUGAUCAAGGUUGAAUAUCAAUGAACGUAGUAUUGUAUCUUCAUAUGAAUGUUUCUUGUGAAUAAUCAUUAUAGUAGUUUUCAAUGUCAGCACUGCUGCUACAUGUAUGUUGAAUAGCGUGAUGCAGGUGAGACUGCCAGAGGCGUUUCUUAUGGUCACCCGAUGGGGGGGGGCACAUGCCCCCUCCUUAGUUAUGCCACUGACUCCCAUCUUGAAUAGUUACACCCCAAAACAAAUGAUAUGAAUAAGACGUCUUGAUUAUUAGACAGAGAUAGAGUAUAAUACUAGACCGACACUCAUCCAGAUAGACUGACUGACUUCAAGACUAAGACAUCCAUCCAGUAUUAAUUUAACUUCACAAUCUCAAUCUGAUACAGUGUACAUGUACUUCAAAAUUAGUUUAUUCAUCGUCUCCGUUUAUAUCUGAAUCUUCAUGUACUUCGAAUUUGUAACAAAGGAGACCCUAGCUUUACAAGCCCUGCCAUUUCAGGGGUUCUCUUUGUCUUUCGUUCAAUACGUAAUUAUUUAUUUGGUGUAUGUCUUUUUUCUACUGUAACAAUGGUUUAUUAUUAAUUGAUAAACAAAAUCUGGUAAACAAAAGUGGAUCUAGCUCCUUAUUGGAAUUAAGCUCUCCAUGUGUAUGACGUGUAAUAUUAAUCCAACAAUGAAUGUUCAAAAUUAGCUAGACAUUAAUAUACAUUUUUGGUAAACCGAAAAAUCAUACCAUUCUCUCUCUUGAUAAUGUUGAUAGUGAAGGUACGUCAUUAUGGAUAUCACAUAGGUAAUACACACAUUUUGAAUUCCUUAAGUACACAAGUGAAUGGGGAAACUUUUAUUAGGAGAUAGGUACAUGUAUUCUGGACAUAGAAAAAUAGGAAUUUACCCUAACCCUAAUGAAAUGGACUUUAACACUAACCCUAAUGAAAUGGACUUUACCCUAACCCUAAUGAAAUGGACUUUAACACUAAACCCUAAUGAAAUGGACUUUACCCUAACCCUAAUGAAAUGGACUUUAACACUAACCCUAAUGAAAUGGACUUUACCCUAACCCUAAUGAAAUAGAAUUUACCCUAACCCAAAGGAAGGAUUGGACUUUACUCUCACAUUUAAAUGUCUGAUUUUUUUUUUUUUUUUGGCUUAGGGAGGCUGACUGUCCAUGAAGACCAGACCAAGCUGAUGGGGCUCUGCAGUACACUGGUGCUGAGCUGUUCUGGCUGCCAUCAAGAACAAGCUUUUCGCACGAGUAGCAACGUAGCAGAGGGUUCUGGAUAGUCUGCAGAGGCCAACAGAAGAUCUGUCUUGGCGGCUUCUGAGAAUGGUCUAUGAUGAGAGGCCCUCCCAGACUUUUGUGCCAUCCUCAUGCUGCCUCCUGUGGCCAAUCACAGUUUGCAAGCCCAUUUGGCUCAUCUGUCUUCAAAGUCUACAGAGGUUUGUGAACAACAGAUGUGUGAAGCUGCCCAAUGCCUCCUGAGGGCUGCAAUGGAGGAAGACAGCAGCAUCAAGGAGGGAAAUGUGGUGGAAGAGGCAGUGUUAUUUGAUGGGGCAUGGCAUAGGCAUGGCCAUCGUUCCAAUCAUGGGGUGGCAUCGGUAGUUUCUAUGGAUACUGGGGAGGUAUUAGAUUUUGAAUUUUUAUCUAAGGUAUGUAAGGAGUGUGAUGUUAGGAAGGAUUGGGAUAGGAAAGGGGAUGAAUACAAGGAAUGGUGGGAGGGUCAUGAAGAAGAAUGCUUAGCUUAUCAUGAGGGAAGUAGUGGGCUGAUUGAGGUAGAAUCAGCAGCUAGAAUGUGGGGUAGGUCUAUAGAUAAACAUAACCCUAGGUAUCAAUAUAUGGUAAGUGACGGUGACAAUAAAACAUUCAAUAAAAUUAGGGAAAUGUAUGGUACAUUAACCCGGGGAGCUCAGGAGCUCACUGUGUAUGUAGCCAUAGACACGGGACUAGGAUGAUUUAUGGUCAAAAUAUUUAUAAAACUGAACUGUGAAAACAGAAAUUAUGCUCUUACCGCGAUUAUAUGGAUGAAGGUCUAACGAGUGGCAUGUAUCCUGACAUGGAGGCACAGACUGGAACCUCAAAAAAACAAAAAGUUCUGUCACGAUGCCUCUCCUAAUUCUUUCAAAUUCAUAGCAAAAUGGCCGAUCGAGACUGGGGUAGAAGGAGAGAAUUUUUCAUUUUUUUGAGGGCCCAGUCUUUUCAUUUUACCGCGAUUAUAUGGAUGAAGGUCUAACGAGUGGCAUGUAUCCUGACAUGGAGGCACAGA